UGUGGCCCAGGCCUGCGACCGCCACAUCAGGCACCAUGAUGGAGGGGGGCAUGCAGUUGCUCAACCGCGAUGGGCACAGCAUCUCGCACAACUCUAAGCGGCACUACCACGACUCGUUCGUGUCCAUGAACCGGAUGCGACAGCGUGGCCUGCUGUGUGACAUUGUGCUCCAUGUCUCCAACAAAGAAAUCAAGGCGCACAAAGUGGUGCUGGCCUCCUGCAGCCCCUACUUCCACGCUAUGUUUACCAAUGAGAUGUCGGAGAGUCGGCAGACCCACGUGACCCUUCAUGACAUCGACUCUCAGGCUUUGGAGCAGCUAGUCCAGUAUGCCUACACAGCUGAGAUUGUGGUCGGGGAAGGAAAUGUGCAGACGUUGCUCCCAGCAGCAAGUCUACUGCAGCUCAUCGGGGUGCGGGACGCCUGCUGUAAAUUCCUCCUCAGCCAGCUGGACCCCUCUAACUGCCUGGGCAUCCGAGGCUUUGCUGACACACACUCCUGCAGCGACCUGCUCAAAUCAGCACACAAGUAUGUCCUGCAGCAUUUUGUGGAGGUGUCCAAGACAGAAGAGUUCAUGCUGCUGCCACUGAAACAGGUCCUGGACUUGAUCUCCAGUGAUAAUCUCAAUGUGCCAUCUGAGGAGGAAGUGUACCGGUCCGUGUUGAGUUGGGUGAAACAUGAUGUAGAUGGUCGCAGGCAACAUGUACCAUGGCUGAUGAAGUGUGUAAGGCUGCCACUGUUGAAGCGAGACUUUCUAAUGAGCAAUGUUGACACGGAGCUGCUGGUGCGACAUCACUCUGAGUGCAAGGACCUGCUGAUCGAGGCCCUGAAGUACCACCUGAUGCCUGAGCAGAGGGGCGUCCUCAGCAACAGCCGAACACGCCUGCGUCGCUGUGAGGGCGCCAGCCCCGUGCUCUUUGCUGUUGGCGGUGGCAGCUUGUUUGCCAUCCAUGGAGACUGUGAGGCUUACGACACCAGGACAGACCGCUGGCACAUGGUGGCGUCCAUGUCCACUCGGCGGGCACGGGUGGGCGUGGCAGCUAUUGGCAACAGACUCUAUGCUGUUGGAGGGUAUGAUGGCACCUCAGACCUGGCAACUGUGGAGUCUUACGACCCCAUCACCAACUCCUGGCAGCCUGAGGUUUCCAUGGGAACACGACGGAGCUGUUUGGGUGUAGCUGUACUACACGGCCUGCUGUACGCUGCAGGAGGUUAUGAUGGGGCUUCCUGUCUCAACAGUGCUGAGCGCUAUGACCCUCUGACUAGUACAUGGACCUCAAUUGCUGCCAUGAGCACCCGCAGAAGAUAUGUCCGAGUCGCAACUCUGGAUAGCAGCUUGUACGCAGUAGGAGGUUAUGACAGCUCCUCACAUCUCGCAACAGUGGAGAAAUAUGACCCGCAGAGCAACACAUGGACAGCCAUAGCCAACAUGCUGAGUCGGCGCAGCAGUGCCGGGGUGGCCGUGCUGGACGGCAUGCUGUAUGUCGCAGGGGGGAAUGACGGCACCAGCUGCCUGAACUCGGUGGAGCGGUUCAACCCCAAGGCCAACACCUGGGAGGGGGUGGCCCCCAUGAACAUCCGCAGGAGCACCCAUGACCUGGUGUCUAUGGACGGCUGGUUAUACGCAGUGGGAGGCAACGAUGGCAGUUCCAGUCUCAACUCCAUUGAGAAGUACAACCCGCGCAGCAACAAGUGGGUGGCGGCCUCCUGCAUGUUCACGCGGCGCAGUAGCGUGGGCGUGGCCGUUCUGGAGCUGCUGAAUUUCCCACCACCCUCCUCACCCACCCUCUCGGUUUCCUCCACCAGUCUUUGACACGGGGUCACCACUUGGCUGAGCUUAGCCUCUGCUGCUACAGCCCAGGCUGGCUCUGGGAAGAGGCGCAACUGCUCGGUUUGAGAUGGUGAGGAGGAGCGGAGGAUGGGAGGGGACAGGUAAAUGGAUAGGAGGGCGUAGAGAAAAAGGGGAAAUGCCUGGUUCGGUUAAUACAGUACCAUCAAUAAUUAGUGGCACUCUUGGUAAAUAUUUGCUGACCAUCUCGUUAAAACAUGCAACAUAAGUCAUGAAUUCUAAAUCAGAAUCUCUGAAAAAAUGGUUAAACCACUCUGGCAAUUUUUUACCAAGAGCCAGUAAUUCUGGAAUGGACUCUGGAUGCCUGAAUGUCCGUGGUACAGCUCCACCAUAAAGAUACCAGCUCCCUCUCUCUUCAAGAUAUUCCUGGAUCAAGAUGUGUAAACUUUGACCGCUCUUUCCUCAAGCUCCUGGUUUUUUCCCCACCACUCAUUGACCCACUCAUGAAACGUGGUGGGUACUUCUGUCAUGUGUGACGUAAAUGUUUUGGGUUUGAUGUUGCCGUCUUCUGCAAGAUUUUUAUUUAGAUGGAUUUCUAAAAUGUAUAAAAAAAGAAAAACAGAAUGAUUUUACUUUUGGAAUGUAACGUUCGAUUGGUGAAACCAUGCAUGUUUACGUACUGGCAUAGACUCCCUGCGGGAGGAUAAAAUGUUGUAGUGCUGCCAUGCCACACUAGGUGGCAGUCACAGGCAAUGCUCUAAACCCUUCCCACACUGCAAGAGAGCAUGGAAACCAGCGUGCAGAGAAGCUCCACCCUCAGUUCUGCAAAUGAGUUUGGAUCCUUUUUUCAUCCAAAAACAGAACUAUAUUGAAGUGUAUUUAUUCAUAAAAUGUAUAAAUGAUAAUAUAUUCAGUUUUUAAAGAUGCUUAUAGAAGGACACAGAUCAGACCUAUGCCUAUUUAAGAGUGUUAUUAAUAUAUAAUAAUUUAUGUGUGUGAUGUGCAAACCAUCAAUGGAAAUGACAAAGAGAAUGUUGGUGUGAGAGGAAUUUGUUGGGUUUCUCCUGAGAGGACUGAUAGUUGCAUUUUGAUAUGCAGGAUUUAAUUUGCAUUUCUUAAUGUUUCUUCACUGCCACAAGCAUGAUCUCACACCGGAACACAUGUUUACUACAUUUGUGCAAAAAGCUUAAUUUGCCUCACACCUAUUGACCAGUCAGUGAAAAGACUAUGUUUUAUUUAAUCCUGCGUCUCUAUUGCAUUUAAAAAGACACAGAGCGUGAUCACUGCACACGUAACAGCCUAAAAUGCAUAACAAAGUGUGUACUACUGUAGUUUAUCUUCAGUUUACCAACACUUGACCAGAAAGAGUCACGUGGUCGACACUUGGUGCUGUCAUAUUUCCCUCUACACUCCAUCAAGUGUAGUGUCUUGUUUUAUUACCUCAUUUUUUAAAUUGAUCCAAGUUGAACUACAAACAACUGUAUAAUUAUAACAACUACACUGGCUAUAGUACAAGUGGUUCUACCAGUGAUUUCCAAUAAUCGCCACCGAACUUGCAUUUUCUAAAAUAAAUGAAUCACAACAUGAGUCUUGUCUCAGUUAAGAGUCAAUACCUGGUGUCAGUUCAGUUCAUGUGUAGCGCAGUGAUAAUUUCAUUCCAGACUUCUAGGAAGUUGCCUUUUUUUUCUCCUUAUUUUGAAGGAUUUGUUGAUCUGGAUCUGUUUACUUUGGACAUCUAUGCGUUAGAGUGGACCCAGUAGAAUCGGGGCUGUGAUGGUCUUAUGGAGAUGCCGUGAUUCUGUAAAGUCACCGGGAGACAGACUUAAAGACAAAAGGUGCACAAAACCACACAAGACUUUGGCCUCCAUUCUGCUGAUUCAACUGUAAAUUUAAAAAAAGAUAGCUAAAGUUAUGGAUGUGCAAUUUCAAUGUAUCUGUUACUUUUUUAGUUUGUGUUUAAUGUGGUGAUACUUGUUUAUUUAUGUUUGUUAUUUAUGAGGAACUUGAAAAUAUUGAAUUUUGCACUAUUAUGAAAUGGAGCAAUACU